AUACCUGAAGUGAUAUGUACUACACUGAAUAUCUUCCCCGACUAAAUUCCAUCUCAGUGGUAUUGGAUGUUCCUAAAGGCUUCUUCAUUGAUGUUUCAACCAAAAUAAUAUUAAAAGACCCACACCAAUUAUCCAUCCAAUCCAGUCAAACAAUACUCGAUUUUAAACUACCAUUACCCAUCACCAAAUUCUCAAUCACGAACCUAGCCCUACAAAAUCAAGUCCUUUCCUUCAAAUUAGUCCUUCCAUCCAUCAAACCUGAUGAUUCCUCUGUGCUGACAUUUAUGAAUCAACUCGAUCAAAAGUGGUCAUGCAAUGAUCUCAAAAAGACACCAAAAUCAAACAACAACCACACAUUCCAAUUCGUCUGUGCAAAUUGUGAAACUCCCCUUAUACGUUCAGAAAUGUAUACUUUCAAGGAUAUGCCUAGUGAGUACUGGUAUGAAAUGAUGGAUUUCUGGCAUUGUCACAAACCAGAAAGUGACCAUGAUCAUUCGCAUGACAAGGACUACAAGGGUGUGCUUGUUCCUCAUGAUGAUCACACUGUUAUCAUUGGCACUUAUUAUUUGCUCCAAAAGUCGAAUUCUAAUAUAACUGAUAAUGUCACUUGUGCAAAAUGUGGUUGUAUCCUUGGCGAAAUGAUCCAAGACAAUGUUUUGAAGAUAUUAAAGUGGAAGAUUAGCUUAGUAUAUGCAGAUCAACAAGAACGAUUCGAUUCGAAAUUAUUCAUGUACAAUUCAAUCAUAGACAAGAUUAACUCGUCAGCUACAAGAAGAUUCAAAUUUAAACUAGAUAAUGCAUGGAAGUACCUAUGGGUCAUGAAUUUAGGCGUAAAAGCGACCCUAAACGGAGAUACCCUCGUUAAUGCAUUAAAAGUAGCAUUCACAGAUAAGAUACAAGAGAAAGAUGAAGAUAGCUAUGAACUAGUAGACAUACCGUAUUCUGAAAUUGUGGGUUCCUUUAUUAAUGAUCUAAGUUCUAUGCAUUCUAAAUUACCACAGUCUAUAAAUUGUCUUACAAUGGGUCCUACAAACUUUCAAAUAAGUCUCAUAUCACCUUAAUGUUCGAGGAUUUCUUUGAUUAUAGGAACAAUUUGCUUUCUGGAAGCUUUGAUAUUACCUUGAUUGUAAAUCUGGAAGGUUGAACUGGAUGAAGAUUGUAAAGAUUUAACUGUAUCUUUCAUCUUCUUCCAUCCGUAAAUGUCAUCAUUGAGUUCAAGUUGAUCCUUGGCUAAUUCUCCUAAAUGGUUGAAACGGUCAUCAUUUCUUUCUUCAAAAUAGUACGAAAACUCCCUCGUGUAUAUGUCAGUGUCUUUUUGAGUAUAGGAUGAAGUCAUAAUAAACAAAUCGAUACCUAAUUCUUUUAAAGAGUUAGACAUGGUAGAUUGAAGUUCUUCCUCUGUGUAAUUCUUCAUAACCCAUUUGAAAGAUUUACCCAUUGAACUGAACCCAACAGUUGCACUGACUCCACUAGAACUACUCUUGAACGUGAAUUGUUUAUAAUCCUUAAGUAAGAUAUCAAAAAAUGAAAAUCCACUAACGUCUUUCUUGGCUUUCUUCAAUAUGGAAUAAAAUUGGUCGAGCUCAGUCUCUCCCUUGUGUCUGCCGUCUGAGAAACUAUCAAUGAAUGUUUGCAUGUUUCCCUUGUUGACUACUUGUUGAUACACUGAAAACGCAUCAACAUCUGGUUGUUCUACUUUCUGAGUCAUAUUCGAGGUAUCAAUCAAUAAUGGGCCAAGCAAAAGUUCAAUGACAUCACUAUGACUACUCAAAUCAUCCAAUUUCGACAAGUAAUUCUCGUAAAAGUAGUUGAAAAUUAAACAGGAUCCCGAGCCACAACUACGGAUAAUCCUAGGAGAUGCAUCCAAAAAUGCUUCUUCAUCAGCAUGGUGAUCAAUAAUACUUACAACUUCAACCAACUUAUCAGCAUAUGCCUUCUGGAUCUCCUCCCCUUGGAUGUUAUUAUGGUCCACCAAAGUCAAAUGGACUUUACUCUCGGAAACCAAUUGAUGGAAAUCUUCUACAAAGUACAACACAUCCUCGGUGAUUGAAUGAGACUUUAAUAACAACUCAAUGUCUCUUCUUAAUCGGAAAUCCUUUCUGGGGAUGUUAAUCAAGGGGAUCACAUCUUGCUCUGUUUGUAGUUUCGUGAAGUAGGCAAAGGAAAGGGCACUCACUACAGAAUCCAUGUCCGCGGAUUGAUUCCCCGUAACCAAACGGUAGGGUGCACUCAAUGAUUUAGAGUCUACUUUUUGCUUUAAUCCUGUCAAGUACUUCUUGAUGUUGGACAUUGUGGGGAGGAUCUGUUUCAAUGAGGGUCGUGUUU